AUGACCCACACUCAGGGGUCGUUUCACUCGCUCGACCAUCACACCUCUAUCCCUCACACUUCUGUUGUAGCCCCAGGCAUCCAUGCUUCGAUCGGCCGGCCGAUACAACCAGUGCCGGCCGGAGCACACCCACACCCCUUUACCCCAAACAAUAUGCAGUCUUCACUCCUUAACCAUUGGAAGUCCUUGCCACUCGACAAGUACGAUGGUACAACCGACCCAGAUGAGCACGUGGAUGUGUUCUUAACUCAGGUUACUCUGAGCACUACUGAUGACGCCGCCUUGUGUCGAAUCUUCCCAACGUCAUUGAAAGGGCGAGCGUUGAGCUGGUUUACUCGGCUUCCUGCUAACUUGAUUGACUCGUUCAACACGUUAGCUUCCCAAUUCACCAUUCAAUUUGCUACAAGCCGACCCCACCAGUUGACCUCUUUGGCAUUAGUUAGUAUCCGUAAGGAGAAAAAGGAAUCCCUUCGGGCAUUCAUGAGCCGGUUUAACAAAGCAACGCUCGAAAUCCGAGACCUGAACCCUGCUGUAGCUCUACACCACCUCACCACAGCUUUGAAACCAGGGCCCUUCGCCAACAGCAUUUACAAGAAACCUCCCACUAACAUGGAUGACUUGUGUCGGCGAGCCGACAAAUACAUGCAGAUGGAAGAAUUAGGUGAGUUCCGUAACCAAGCCCGGGCAGAGGUGUCGGCAAAACCUGACAAGCAGGCCGAGAAUAAUUUUCGGAGCCGUCCGAAAGAGCUAAUUCCCCGCGAGAAGCCUCCUCGCAGGCCGAGGUACUCGCAGUAUACGCCACUCAAUACUAGCAGAUCGGCCAUACUAAAGCAAGCACUAGCCUCAGAAGUACUAGCCGUCCCGAAACGAGCUUCGACCCCUCCCAGGGCCGAUACAACGAAGUCUUGCAGGUACCAUCGCAAUCGAGGGCAUUCAACAGAGGAAUGUGCGGCCUUAAAAGAUAAAAUUGAAGAUUUAAUCAAGCAGGGGCAGCUGCAAGGCUUCGUGGACCGUCCGAACUCAUCUCGACACGUCGAUCGGUCGCAGCGGCACGAUCAGCCCGAGCAGAGGAGAACAGAAACACGCUCAUACAGGGAAUGCAGUCGGUCAAGAGAUAUGAGAGAAGUGGAGCCUUCAACACAGCCUCGGCGAGUCAUCAACACCAUAGCUGGCAGAUUCGCUGGUGGUGGCUCAUCCUCGUCGGCACAACGGAGGCACCUGCAGGUCGUUCGGCACGUGCACGCCGUGGAAACAGUCCGUCGCUGUUUAACCACCAUAACCUUCACCAACGCCGAUUUCAAAGGCAUCGACCCGGACUAG